AUGCCCCAACCAUUACACCCGUGCUGUCGGUACCUGGUCAUGCCCCAACCGUUACACACGUGCUGUCCGUACCCGGUCAUGCCCCACUCGUUACACCCGUGCUGUCCGUACCCUGUCAUGCCCCACUCGUUACACCCGUGCUGUCCGUACGCGGUCAUGCCCCACCCGUUACACCCGUGCUGUCCGUACCCGGUCAUGCCCCACCCGUUACACCCGUGCUAUCUGUACCCGGUCAUGCCCUACCCAUUACACCCGUGCUGUUUGUACCCGGUCAUGCCCCACCCGUUACACCCGAGCUGUCCGUACCCGGUCAUGCCCCACCCGUUACACCAGUGCUGUCCGUACCCGGUCAUGCCCCACCCGUUCUACCCGUGCUCCCGUGUCCUGCCCAGUUCUGCCCGUGCUGCCCGUUCUGCCCGUGCUGCCUCGCUCUGCCCAUAUUGCCCCGUUCUACCCAUGUUGCCCCGUUCUGCGCGUGUUGCCCCGUUCAGCCCGUUUCCUGCCCAGUUCUACCUGUGUCGUGCCCGUUCCAUGCCGUGUUGCCCCGUUCAGCCCGUGUCCUACCCCGUUCUGCCUGUGCUGCCCGUUCUGCCCGUGCUGCCCCGUUGUGCCCGUGUUGCCCCGUUGUGCCCAUGUUCCCCUGUUCUGCUCGUGUUGCCCCGUUCAGCCUGUGUCCUGCUCAGUUCUGCCUGUAUCGUGCCCGUUCCCGUGCCGUUUUGCCCCGUUCAGCAUGUGUCCUGCCCCGUUCUGCCUGUGCGGCCCGGUUGUGCCCGUGUGUUCUGCCCGUGCCCCACCCGUGCUGUCCGUACCCGUUCGUGCCCCACCUGUGCUGUCAGUUCUCGCUCGUGCCCCACCCGGUCUGUGCUGCCCAAUCUCGUGCUGCUCAAUCUCGUGCUGCCCAUCAACCCCGUGCGGCCCGUCCCAUACAGCACCUAG